AUGCUUCGAAUUUCAAAAGGAAAAGAUGGGAUAUGGUUUGUUGACAUGUUUAAUGAUACCCAUAAUCAUAAGUUAAGUGUUACACCUACAAAAGUAAUGAAGCAUCUUUCUUAUGAGAAGCUCCAUCGUUCAUUGACAUGUAAAUCUCUUAUGGUGGAACUUGGUCAAUCAGGAUUAAAGCUUUCUCAAAUAAAAAAGGUUGUUAAUGCAAUGAAAACUCCACAGGAUCUUGAUAUUACUUCGAAAGCCGUUGAAGAAGAUGAAGACUUUAAGACCGUGAACUCGAAGCCAAUUCUAUCUUCUGUUCAUCCAAUAGAAGCAAAAGCAGGAAUUUCCCAGUUAGACAUUAUGCCUCAUAUAUCUAUUCAAGAUCAUGUUGCUCUUAGUAAUAUGAAAGAGCGUCCUAAAAAUGCAAACAUGAUUAAGUCUUCUUUGGAGCUGGCAAAGAAAAAAAGAACUUGUUCUCACUGCCAGGGUCUGGGUCAUUAUGCAACUGGUUGUCCAAGCAAAAAGGUAGAGGAGACUUUACAAGAGAAACAUUGA